AGUUCUUAAUCCUAUGAUGUGAUUUGGACACGUCAAUACCAAAAUACCAAGAAAUUAAAAAAGGUGCAUCAAAAAUAUCAAACGAGUUCAUAUGACGAUUGACGAUACAUUAUAUAAAAUUAGCGUCUCACUAUAGAAAUCGUAUAUUGAAAUAAAUGAUAAGUGAUUAUAAAAACAACUACAAUGAAGAUCAAAGAAAGUAUCAUUUGUCUACUUGUGAUAUUUCACUGGUCAUAUGCACCUCCGGUUUCCCAGGAUAAAUCUAAGGAGCAGGACAGUGAAAUAAAGGAUGAUCUGGAAGAGUAUAUGGAAUACCACAGAUAUUUAAAAGAAGUAGUUCAAGCUCUGGAAAGUGAUCCAGAUUUCAGGGAGCGGUUGGAAAAAGCAGAUGAAGAAGAUGUAAGAUCUGGAAAAAUAGCUGAACAAUUGGACUUUGUAAAUCACAAUGUAAGAACUAAAUUGGAUGAAAUUAAACGACGUGAACUGGAUAGACUUCGUCACCUAGCUACAAAACAAUUUGAGUUAACUAAUGAACUUGAAAUAAAUACUGGAAAAAUACCAUCAAAUGAACAUUUAGAUCAUGCUAAUCCACAUACAUUUGAAAUUGAAGACCUUAAGAAAUUGAUCAAGAAAACGACAUCUGAUUUAGAAGAGGCCGACAAGCAGAGAAAGGAAAAGUUCAAGAAAUAUGAGAUGGAAAAAGAGUUUGAGAAACAUCAAAAGCUAGAAGCAAUGGAUGAGACUAAUAAGAAGGAAUAUAUGGAGAAAAUUAAGCAAGAGGAAGAUGCAAGGAAACAUCACCAACCAUUACAUCAUCCUGUGACCAGAGAACAAUUGUUAGAACUAUGGAAUAACGCCGACCAUAUGGAUAAAAAAGAUUUCAACCCAAAAGCGUUUUUCAUGAUGCAUGACGUCGACGGGAACGGCGUUUGGGAUGCUGACGAAGUGAAAGCACUGUUUAUCAAGGAGUUGGACAAAGCUUACGGACCGGGCGGUCCCAACAAGGAUCUGCACGAGAGAGCUGAAGAAAUGGAGCGCAUGCGCGAACACGUGUUCAAAGAAAACGACCGCAAUCGAGACGGACUAAUCGACUUCCAUGAGUUCAUGACUGAGACUCAGAGGGCAGACUUUAAUCAGGAUGAAGGCUGGAAAACGAUUGAUGAAAAUCAAAUUUACACGCAAUCGGAGUACGAAGAAUUUGAAAGGAGAAGACUCGAAGAACUGAGAUACCUUCAACAACGUGGUUUGGUUGACGCCCACGGUAGACCGAUACCAGGCGCCCAACAUCAAAUUCAUCAAGCUUAUCAGCAACAACAGGCAUUCCAACAACAACAACAAUUCCAACAAGCUCAGCAACAAGGAUACCAAGGCCAGCAACAAUAUUAUCAGGGACAUCCUCAAGGACAACUUCCCCCACAAUAUGCACCAGGUCAAGCGCCCCCAGGCUAUCAUCCAAAUCAGAUACCACAAGGACAAGCCCAAUUCCAAGGUUACCCGCAAGGUCAAUUCCAGGGCCAGCCUCAAGGUCAGUUCCAAGGGCAUCAGAACCAACCUCAGGUUCAGCAAGGACAGGCACAAAGCCAGCAGCAACACCCAGCUCAAAAUCAACAAGGAACCUUGAAUCAGGCACCAUCAACACAAAAUGUGAACCACCCGUCUCAGCAACAAGGACUUCGAUCUGACUCCCCUGUCCAAGGCCAGUCCCCACCGCACCAGGGCCAGGGUGGGCAGACUCAAAAUAGCCAAGUGCAAGGCCAAAAUUAUCCAUCGCAGAUUCAAAACCAGGGUCAGGCUUCGCAAGUCCAAAACCAGGGGCAACCUCCGCAAGGUCAAGCCCCUACCAUUCAGGCCCAACCGCCCAACGUAGUUGUUAAUCAUUAGAUUGCUAUGUGCGCUAUUUUCCUAUUAAUCACAUCACUGCUACUCCCAAAUUGGUGCCAAAUUGUAUUCCACUUUGUAAUAUCUCAUACUCACUUUUAUAUUUUUUAUGCUGCACGAAUAUUUUAACUUUGCCAGAUUGAAAUGUACUGUCAUUUACUUUAUAUGUGCUACGAUUAA